ACAUUGAAAGGUAAAAAUAACAUAAGUUGUAAUAUAAAUGAUUUUGCCUACAAACACGAAACUUUUUAUCUGCCUGCAGAGCAAGUUACAAAUUUAAAUGAUAUGGAUGACACAGAAAACAAGCUACCUGAAAAGAAGACGUUAUUGAAUAAGUUUAAAAGGUCAAAAAGAAAGGUCAUUACAAAACAUCUUAACAUACGAUGUAAAGCUGACAGAGCAAAGCUGAAGGGCUCGGAUUGCUGGGAAUGCAGAGAGUAUUAUAACAAUUUGGGAUUGCCGGAAGAACAAUUGCAAAAACGAAAAAAUCAAAUCUCGCGACAUCGACACAAAUAUAAGCGACCAAAUACACCACCAGGUUUUUGGGAUCCCGAGUUUCCCGAGACAUCAGACACUGAUUGACAGCGAAUAAAAGCUGAAAUAUUUAAAGACUCUACAAAUAAUUCAAAUCUAUAUGAAUUAAAUUAUGAAGAAAGGAUUAAAGCACGUAACUUGCAGG